GGCGCCUUACAGAAGCGCAAUUUUACAUUGGUGACAACAAAUUUGAACGUUUUAAAAUGACUCAAUCGAUCGUGGUUCAAGUGGGACAAUGUGGAAAUCAAAUUGGUUGCCGAUUCUGGGAUUUGGCUUUGAGAGAACAUGCCAGCACAAAUAAGAAUGGAUUAUUUGACGAGUCCCUUAACAGUUUCUUCCGAAAUGUUGAUACAAGAUACAAAAAUCCAGUGGAUAUUCCUUUGGGAAAUGCAAAGCAGAAGAUAAAGUCAUUAAAGGCCAGGGUACUGGUUCUGGUUUGGGUACAUCGGUACUAAAUCUCCUCGCAGAUGAAUACCCAGAUGUGUAUCGCUUCACUACAGCUGUGUUCCCAUCGGCCGAUGAUGAUGUUAUCACAUCCCCAUAUAACAGUGUCCUUGCCAUGCAUCAGCUGACUGAGUUUGCAGACUGUGUUCUUCCAAUAGAAAACCAGGCUUUAGUGGACAUCUGUAAUAAAGUUACAAGUGCUCUACCACCAUCCAAGACUGGUAAGAAGGUGUUCUCUUCAAGCAGCCACUCGCGUGUAAAAGCCAGUAGUGCUGUCACGUCAGGUGAAGGGGGUGUCGACAAAGGACCUGAGAAGCCAUUUGACAACAUGAACAACAUUGCUGCAAAUCUUAUACUGAACAUGACAAGCUCUGCAAGAUUUGAAGGCUCCCUAAAUGUCGAUUUAAAUGAAAUCACUAUGAAUUUAGUGCCAUUUCCCAAGAUCCACUAUCUAGUCUCCAGCCAGACACCACUUUACAGCCUCACAGAUGUGAACCUUCCACCGCGACGACUUGAUCAAAUGUUCACGGAUGCUUUCUCAAAAGAUCAUCAGCUCAUUAAAGCUGAUCCUAAAAACAGCUUGUACUUGGCAUGUGCUUUGAUGCUCAGAGGAAAUGUUGAAAUUUCAGACAUUAGGAGAAAUAUUGAAAGACUCAAACCCUCUUUGAAGUUUAUUCAUUGGAAUCAAGAAGGAUGGAAGACUGGACUGUCCUCUGUUCCCCCAGUAGGUCAUCCAUACUCACUCUUAGCCCUAGCGAACAAUACAUGCAUCAGGCACACUUUUCAAGACCUUAAGGAUCGCUUUAUGAAGCUCUACAAGCGCAAGGCUCAUGUUCAUCACUACACUCAU